AUGCCGUCGUCUUCAUCGCCAGAGCGCCAAUCAGAAUUCCCUACAUCGCAGGCGCAGGUGCGUGACUUAGACUUGCAAGACUUAAUCUUGCCGCCAGCGCCUGUGCAAGACUUAAUCUUGCCGCUGUCGCCAGCGCCUGUGCGAGACUUAAUCUUGUCGCAAUCUCCGACGGUAGUUCGCGGCUUAAAUUUGCCGCCGUCACCGGUGUCAUCUCCCUCACUGGCGUCAUCGCCUCUACCGGCGCCAUUGUCCUCUCCGAUGCAUUCUCCGCUGCCGCCGGAGAUCCACCAAGACUUGUCGCCGUCGAUAACCGACUCUGUCCCACCGACGCAGCCAGCACCGGAUCUGAAACUUCCAACAUUUUUAAAUAAGGAAUACAAUCCAUCUGAUAAUCCGCCGUGGAGUCCGUCAAUGCAGCUACUUCCGACGUCAUAUGAAAACUAUCCGUUUGGGACCGAAGAUUUUUCAUCGUCGCCAUUGCGGAUGUCGAUGCCAAAUACGCCGUCAAGGGUAAAGGAAGCGAUAGAGUCGGUGUCAUCACCGCAGUCUUCACCGAAGAGGCUACCGCCGCUGCCGCAGUCUCCAUCGAUUGUAAAUAUACCACAUCCUCUAACGCCUCUGUCGCCGACAGUGACGGUGAAGGUGAUAGUGCCUCAGUGGAGAGAACGUGUCCGUAUAGAAUCGGAUAGGAAGGACACGGUUCGACAGCUGAAGGAGAAGAUUGUUGCACUCGACCAUCUGCAGGGCGUGCCUGUGGAUAGGAUCAUGCUGCAGUUGCACUCAUUGCGUCUGGAAUUGAUGGACAAUGUGUCUUUGCAAGAUUCUGUGGUGUCAGAGAAUGCUGAGAUCGACGUGUUCUUGAAACCCGCUCAUCCUGAUGCUGGUAGCAGCGGAGAGGAGUCUGGGAAGCUCAAGGUGAAGGUGUUACCUCUGAAAUCGAAUGAGAGGAUUGAGAUAGAAGUGAAUACUCUGGACCAUGUGUUGGUGUUAAGGGAGAAGUUGGACGAGUCGCACCAGUUACUGGGAUUCCUUCCGGAAGAUGGUCGUUAUUUUUUCAUCCACAGAAAGCGUGCCAUGGAUGAAGACCAGUCCUUUCAUUGGCACAGAGUUAGGCACGGUGACACCAUCCUAACUUCUGAUGAAUUCCAGGCUUCUGGCCCUGCCAACUCUGUCAAUUCCUCUUCUUCCACUAGCUAG